AUGUCAGCUGCUAACUGGACUCUGCUCCACCCCUCCACCUUCAUCCUUCUUGGGAUCCCGGGACUGCAAGCCUUCCAUGCCUGGAUUUCCAUCCCCUUCUGCUCCAUCUACAUCCUCUCCCUUCUGGGGAACUGCCUCCUCUUGGCGGUCAUCAAGAAGGAGCCCAGCCUCCAUGAGCCCAUGUACUUGUUCCUCUGCAUGCUGGCAGUGGCAGAUCUUGUGGUCUCGACUACCACCUUACCGAAAAUCCUGGCUAUAUUCUGGCUUCAGGACAGAAGCAUCCACACCAGUGCCUGCCUGGCCCAGGUGUUCCUGAUCCAUUCCUUCUCCACCAUGGAGUCGGGCUUCUUCGCUGCCAUGGCCUUCGACCGUUACGUGGCAAUAUGCAACCCGCUGAGACAUUCCGCCAUCUUGACCAAAACCGUUGUGAUCAAGAUUGGGCUGGCUGUUUUGAUCCGGGGGGCUGUGCUCCUGCUGCCCCACCCUUUCCUGCUGAAGCGGCUCCCGUACUGCAGGGGAAAUGUCAUCUCCCACACCUACUGUGAGUUCAUGGCGCUGGUGAAACUGACCUGUGCAGAUACCCGUGCCCCCAGAGCAUACAGCUUGACUGUUGCCUUCCUGACUGGGGGGCUGGAUUUCACCUUCAUCAUCCUGUCCUACACCCUGAUCCUGCGGACGGUCUUCCAGCUGCCUUCCAAGGAGGCGCGGGCCAAAUCCCUGGGCACUUGCGGCUCCCACAUCUGCGUCAUCCUGAUCUCGUACACUCCGGCAUUCUUCUCCUUCCUCACCCACCGAUUUGGCCACAGGGUCAACCCCUGCGUCCACAUUAUUGUUGCCAACAUCUAUGUCUUGAUUCCGCCCAUGAUGAAUCCCAUCAUCUAUGGGGCAAAGACAAAGAAGAUCCGAGAAAGCAUCCUAAGAACCCUUGGCAUCUCCUCUGCUGGAAACAUGGAAAUGAGAAAAUAGAGCCCUGCAUCACCCCAGUGGGACUGAACUGAAUAAGCUUACACUUAGUUUUGUUCUGCACCUUCCCUGCUUCUGUUAUGAGGCUAUCACAUAAGUCCCAGCAGUAGAACCAUUAGUGUUUUCUACCCAGGUAACUGUGAUGCUUUCUGCCCGAGAGCAUAUUCCUUGCUUUCCUGUUUGCUGCUGUUGCGUGUGACUAUGGAAGGACCAGGUGAGCCGAUGGGUUUCUCUGCGAUCAGCUGUGUGCAAAAUUCCCCACUCCUCUUCCCAAACCUUCUCAUGAAUUUUUCUUAAAGUCUGGAAGCUCUUCUGAGCACCUCCACACUGUAUGACUUCUGCAUGCACAGCAAUCUUGCCAAUGCAAUCAAUUCUUGACACAGCUGCUGCUGCCG